AUGUCUAACACCAAAUUCACUCCAUUGGCCUUGCCGCCCAAGGUUACCCUCGAUGAUUUCAACAGAUUCAUCCAAGAGAUAACCGAUCUCGUUGGUAUCGACAAUGUCGAUGUUCUAACAUCCAAGGACCAAAUCGACGACAAGUCCUACAUGGACCCGACAUACACACAUGACCCUCACCAUGUCAUGGAGCAGGACUACUUCUUGGCAUCUGCCGUGGUAGCGCCGCGGAAUGUGUCCGAAGUCCAAACAAUCGUGCGACUUGCUAACACCCUAUCUUUUCCCCUGUGGCCUAUCUCCAUCGGACGGAACUCCGGGUAUGGCGGUGCCGCUCCUCGAGUCUCGGGCAGUUUAGUACUCAACAUGGGCAAGAACAUGAACAAGAUUCUAGAAGUCAAUGUGGAUGGCGCUUACUGCCUGCUCGAACCUGGUGUAACAUUCCAAGCGCUGUAUGACUACCUUGUCGCCAACAACCUUCAAGACAAGCUUUGGAUCGACACUCCCGAUCUUGGUGGAGGUUCAGUUCUUGGAAAUACCAUAGAACGUGGCGUUGGCUACACGCCGUACGGAGACCACUGGAUGAUGCAUAGUGGCAUGGAAGUUGUCCUUCCCAACGGAGAGCUUCUUAGAACCGGUAUGGGUGCGCUCCCAGACCCUAGCCGUCCAGAGACAGCGGGCCUGAAACCCGAGGACCAGCCUUGGAACAAGACUGCUCAACUAUUCAACUACGGCUUCGGUCCGUAUGUCGAUGGAAUUUUCACCCAGUCGAACUUUGGAAUCGUCACCAAGCUUGGCAUGUGGCUUAUGCCCAACCCCGGUGGAUAUCAGUCUUACCUGGUGACCAUCCCACGAGAAGAGGAUCUGAAGCAAGCGGUAGAUAUCAUUCGGCCUCUUCGUUUGAACAUGGCGCUUCAGAAUGUUCCUACAAUCCGACAUAUCCUUCUAGAUGCUGCAGUGAUGGGUUCUAAGAAGGACUAUACAUCGAAAACAGAGCCACUUGGGGAAGAGGAUUUGAACGAAAUCGCCGCAAAGCUCAAGCUCGGACGAUGGAACUUCUACGGUGCGCUCUAUGGCCCCGAACCUAUCCGGAAUGCUCUGUGGGGUGCCGUCAAAGAAGCAUUCUCCGCUAUUCCUGGUGCGCAGUUCUACUUCCCAGAAGAUACCCCCGAGAACUCUGUACUGCGCAUCCGAGAUAAAACCAUGCGAGGUAUCCCCACCUAUGAUGAGCUCAAAUGGAUCGACUGGCUUCCCAACGGAGCGCACCUAUUCUUUUCACCCAUCGCUCCGGUCCAAGGAAAGGACGCGAUGGAACAAUAUGCACUAACGAGGAAAAGAUGUCUCGAGGCUGAUUUGGACUUUAUUGGAACAUUCACAAUCGGCAUGAGAGAGAUGCAUCACAUCGUGUGCAUCGUUUUCAACAAAAAAGACGCCGAGCAAAAGAAGAAAGCACACUGGCUUAUCAAAACGCUCAUCGAUGAUUGCGCAGCUAGGGGCUGGGGAGAGUAUCGCACUCACUUGGCUGUUAUGGAUCAGAUCAUGGGCACUUAUAACUGGAACGACGGGGCGUUUUUGAAGUUCAACGAACUUCUGAAGAAUGCCAUUGAUCCAAAUGGUAUUAUGGCACCUGGGAAGUCGGGUGUUUGGCCACGCCAAUACAAGGAUGAGUGGAAGCUGUGA